UCAGGCAGGGGAUUUCCAGCUCAGCUCGUACAUAAGCUGGACGCCAGUCCUAUUCCUCAGCCUCCUGUGUCUGCUCUGUUGGCUGUAGACAUGGCAUCUGGUACUUCCUGCCUCCAUGUGACGGUCUAUUCUGAGGGAAGGACAUCAAUGACAUUUGCUGCUAACUCGGAGGACACAGUGAGGAAGAUCAAAGAACACGUCCGGGCUAAGACCAAGAUUCCCGUGCAGGACCAGGUCCUGUUGCUGGGCUCUAAGAUGCUGAAGCCCCAGAGGAGGCUUUCGUCUUACGGCAUUGACAAGGAGACGACCAUCCACCUCACUCUGAAGGUGGUGACGCCCAGUGAUGAGGAGCUGCCCGUGACUCUUGUGCAGUCACGUGAUGGGGGUCAGAGGCACCACCUCCAGGUACGAAGGUCCAGCUCAGUGGUCCAGGUGAAACAGAUGAUCGAGAUCAAGACAGCGAUCGCGCCUGAGCAACAGAUUGUGACUUGCAAUGGCAAGAAGCUGGAAGACGGGAAGACCAUGGCGGAUUACGGCAUCAGACGGGGCAAUUCACUCUGGCUGGCAGACUACUGCAUUGGGGGGUGAGCCUGCUGUUAGCUCUCACUCCCCCCACAUCCUUUGAUGAUUUCCCCAAAUUAACAAGAAAGAGAAAGAGGGAAAUUUAGGGGUGAAGUGGGAAGGAAGACUGCAGAAAAGUUUCUAACUCUAUGAUUUUUUGAUCGAACACAGUUGAUUAGGUGUCUGCAUUGUGUGUAUUACUGAAAAUAGAAAAUAGUAUUUUAAGGCACAGUAGAGAUAGCAUCAAAGCCAGUUUGGAAUUUAAUCCUUUCCCUCAUCCCUCUGAUUUUUAGAAAAAUUCCUAUUUCUUCCGUCCAACAGGGUAGUAAAUUCCACAUUGGGAUCCAUGUUC